GCGUUCGUGCGCGUGUCUGCGUCAACUUGUGAAGGGUCGACAAGAGAUCAGCAAGGUCCCAAAGCUUCAUGUAAACGUUGAAGCGAAUGCUGUUGAAGUUUUGACUCGUGAAGAGAAUUACUGAGGGCCAGGGGGGGUGGAAAAGACAACACCGACUCUUGAAAUAUAAUCUUCAAAAGAAUAUGUACUACGGCGCUCUGCUUUUUUGUCACCUCUUGAUAAUAAGUACCGUGGAAGCUGGUACAGGUGGAGUGUCAUUUUGGAGGGAGAACUUCACAAUGACAUGUCCGGAAAGUGGGACUUGGUUCAAAAAAGAACAAUCCCUGGGCACUUCAAGCAAUUCCUUGAUGGUUGAUGGCAAAAACAGAGGCCUUUACCAUUGUGAAUAUGAUCAGAACGAAAAAAAGCUCAAGUAUUACUUCUACGUGGAAGGAAAGGGUGAGUACACACAGUCUAUGUGUUUGUUUGUGAUCUUUGUGAUUGUUGAGGUCUUACUUGCUGUCCACCCGUCUUCAGUCUGCGCUAAUUGCUUUGAGCUGGACGCAGCACUGUUUGGGAUGUUCAUCGUCGCCGAUGUGAGCGUAACAAUUAUACUGAUGAUAUUCAUCUACAAGUGCACCAAGAAGAAAAAUUCACCGGGUACGAAAGUACCUGCAGGCCCGGCCGUCCCUUCUCCAGAUUAUGACCACCUGAGCGCGCACGCCCACUCCCAGGACCAAUACUCUUUUAUCAACAGCGGCAAACCAAGAUGAGCCACCUAUGGCUGGUUACAAAUUGAAGACGGAAGACACGAGCAACUGAAUUAAUCAAGAGACAUUUUGCUCUGAUCCGCGCUCGUAGUCUGGCAUCUCACAAAGUUUAUAUUGCCACUAGGAAGUCACUCAUUUCAUCAUAAUCAACAUUCACAAGCAUGACACAAAAGUAGGAUCAUGACUCAACUUGUUCCCAAGGGAAAAAAAUACAAAAAGUUCAACUUUAUGUGCAAAUUGGAGCAUUUCGUAGCAACGUGUGGCCAUUCGUAACGUCGGUGUGCAAUACACUUGACAAACAUGGUUGAUAUACGCUGGACAUAAAGGGCGACAGAGACUAUGAAAUGGGACUUCUAAGGCCAAAAAUCAUAUUCCCUUGCGUGCUGGAUGAUCUAUUAUUGGGUAUGA